GAAUGGCUCAAAAGCCAGACAUUUGUUUGUGUUUUGCAAUGCUUUUCAUGUAUUCAUGGAUUGAAUGAAUGGUUGAAUAUUUUGAUCGCUUUUAUCAGUAAUAAAGUAGUGAUCAUUGGUUUGUGUGAAUUGAGUGGAAGUGUUGGAAGUGUUGGAAGUGCUGAAGAUGUGGGCGGAGGCGCGCAAACACGAGAAGAAGUUGAAGGGACUUAUGAUUGACUACAGACGGAGGGCUGAGAGGAGGCGUGACUUCUACGACCGCAUCCGAUCUGAUCCGUCGGCCUUUCUUCAGGUCCACGGAAUGCAACUCAAGAUACACAUCGACCCCAACCUGUGCUCAAUGGCCGAGACAUCGCUGAUGCCAUGGAUGGGCGACACUAACAAUAUGAUCGACAGGUUUGACGUGAGGGCACAUCUCAACCAAUUAGAUCUCGAGGCAAACACUACCCAAACGGCCACCGCUUCCGACGCCAACACAUCAUCUCUUGAGGACACUAUUGAACGACAAAUCAAUUACGAAAGAUAUCGUAAUUUAGUUCAAAACGAGUUCUUAGGCGUCAAUGAAACUAAAUUCUUGCAUCAGAUUUGGUUAGAAGAGAGGUUUGGUGUCAAUAAUCAAACCCAAAAAGACAAUCAAAACAAAGCCAUUGAGAAGAAGAAGUUGGCGCAGAAGAAGGCGGCCAUUGCUUACAAUUAUGAUAACGAAGACUCCGCGGCGACGGCUCACCAAAAAGUGAGCGAAUCUGACGAAGAGUCCGAUGAGGAGAGCUCUGACGAAGACUAUGAUUUCGACACAACCGUAAACAUCGAUCAGUUGGACAACGAGUCCGGACACCGACUCAAUGCGAUUGGCCUGAAGUUUGGUCUGAAAAGCGAUGAUUUCAUCAAAUACUUAGACGACGAUAGAGUGGAGGCCGAGAAGAUUCGGCUCCAGAAGGAAGUGGAGAACGAGAAGUCGAUGUUUACGGGACGCAAAUCCAGACGCGAGAGACGGGCUCUCAAAGAGCAACGGCUCAUGAUUUUGAGGAGUUCUCAUAUCGAUAUGACCGACAGAUUGCUGUCCAAUAGACACCAAUCCGAAGACAAACAGAUCCAAAGCUCAUCAGAAUCUGAAGUCUCUGUCGAUGAAAAUAAGAUUGAAUUCAUUACUGAAUUUACGUUUGGCGGCGAGUCUUCCGAAGACGAGACAGAGAAACAAGUGAUUGAAAAGAAGACAAAACAAGUCGUUUCAAAGGGUAAACAACGGUUAAAAUCUAAUGCAAGCGAUAGAAACGAUUCAAUUCCAACGCUUCCUGUUUAUGGACCAACACUUCCCGGAGAAGACACGGUUUCGUCGCUCACCAACACUUCAUUCAACAAAACUAUUCAUUCAAAACAAAGGUCUUAUCGUUUAAAUCAUAGAUCAAGAACCAGAUCUCGAAGUCGUUCUAUCAAUAGGAGUAGAUAUCGAAGCAGAUAUAUGUACAGAAGUCGGAGUCGAUCUCGAAGUAGAUCCAGAAGUCGUUCAAGAAUUUAUAGGAGAGGCAACCGAUCGCGUUCUCGAAGCCGACGGUCCAAAGAGAGACACCGAAGAUCGCGAUCUCGUUCUCGGGAUAAUAGGAGACGGCGUCGAAGUCCGCCGAGACGUCGCUCGAAGUCUCGCGAAAGACAGAGAUCGAGAUCACGAGACCGACGGCGACAUCGAAGACGGAGUACUAGUUUAGACAGAGAACCAAAAAGGGAAAGAUCUCACACCAGAACUACGAGAAUAGAAAAAGUAGAAAAAGUACACAAAACUGAAGACAUUGUGAAUGAAUUGCCAAAAAUUGAUGACAAAAAGCAGGAAAUAAAUAUAAUUGCGGAAAUGGAACCCAAUUGUGAGCCUUUGAAUCAAUCGAUUACUGAAACCAAACACAUCAAAGAAGAGGAGGAUAUCAAAGCUAAGGCUCCGUCGCCUCCACUCAAGAGUUAUUACAGACACGAUCUCUGCGAUAGUGAUGAAAGCGGAGAAGCAAUGGAUGUAAAAGAGGGCCAAAGUUCAGAGACAAAAGUUGAAGGAAGUAAUCAAAACACGAUUAUUCGAAGUAAUAGUCAUUCCGGACAUAAAGUCAAUAAAAAUGAUAAAAAGGCUGAACUCGAGAAGUCCAGGAUUAAGAUGAAGGAGAGGGCAGACAGAGAGGAUAAACUUCGAGUUAUUAGACACCGCCGACACUUAAGCCGAGACCAGAGGGAUUCGCGGUCUCGCUCUCGGUCUAAAUCAAUGGCCAGCUCUUCGUCUUCGUAUUAAACAAUUCGUUUUUUAUUCUUAAUAAUAAUCUAAACAAUUGUUGUGAAUAUUCAAUAUUAAAAAAUUAUAAAGAUUUUUAUAAAUA